AUGGCUGCGACCAGGAGACUUGGGAAGGAAUUACAAGAUAUAAAAAACAAAGAAACCGCAGGUGUUUUCAAAAUUAUAAUAGCAGAUGAGUCCAAUAUAUUAAACUGGUCAGGACUUAUACUUCCGCAAAAAAGUCCAUACAACAAAGGAGCGUUUAAGAUAGAAAUAUUGUUUCCAGCAGAAUAUCCGUUCAAACCCCCUAAAAUUACAUUUAAGACAAAAAUCUACCAUCCAAAUGUUGAUGAAAAGGGGCAAGUCUGUUUACCGAUCAUCAGUGCAGAUAACUGGAAACCAGCAACAAAGACUGAACAAGUGAUCGAGUCACUAGUUGCAUUAAUCGAUGAACCAGAACCUGAACAUCCACUCAGAGCUGAUCUAGCAGAGGAGUUGACCAAAGAUAAGAAGAAGUUUCUAAAAAAUGCAGAGGAUCACACAAAAAAACAUGCUGAAAAACGGGAUUAUACUUUGCCAUAAUAUGAUGAUGUGACUUGGUGACUUGCAAACAUUUGUGUUUGUGAUUUGUCAUCAUUUAGCUGUCACCGUGGAAAUAUCAUGGCACUUUUCUGUCCAUAUGUCUGUUUAUUUCAUCAUUAACAAUUUUUGGCCUUGGUUUUGAAUUACAGCAGAUCACUGUGGCCUUUUUUUUUCAAGAAUAAAUAAUCUGUAGAGGAAGCUUGUAAUUGGACUUGUUUGGAACUGAUUUUUACUAGAAUGUUCUUAAUAUUUAACUUUUCUAGAUAGAACUGUCAUAAUUAAGUGAGGAUUUGUAAGAUCAUCAGAUUGUUGAACAAAAUAUUAAAAAAAGUUGCAAAUCAUUACUGCUAUCUUUUAUUUCCCAUUAGGAGGUUGAAGUAAUGUUUCAUCUGGAAAACCUUAUUGGAUAUACAAUACUAUUAUAUGCAAUAUCGGUUCAAUUGUGUUCCUACAUUUACUUGAGCAAGUAAUGGACCUCUGAUAUUAACCCAUUCACCCCUAUGUUACUUAAGUAGACUCUACCAUGCAUUUAACUUGCUGAGUCCAUUAUGGUUUACAGUGGUGAAAGGGUUAAAUAAGUAAAGGUUACUUACUUGAGCCCUGGUAUAAUUAAUCUAAACAAGAACAUUUGGUGAUAUAUUUUCUUCAUUAAGAUCGAUCCAAUACAGGUGAAAAAUGGAUUCAUCCAUUCAAUGUUAAAUUCUUUUCUCUCCAAAAAUCUAAUACUAUUUGGCAAAAAAAUGAAAAGUAAAAGUAAAUGCACAAAAUUGUUUUUACCUAUCCUUUUGUGAUGUUUUGUUGUUCCUGAAUGUAUAACACUCCAUUGGCCCUUUGCACCAAAUGUUUUGCAUCUGUUGACGCUGUAAUUUCAAUAUAUCUACGAUCAUAAUUUUAAAAGAUUGGCUGUUAACACUUCAAAACUGAAAAACAAACUUACGACAAGACAACUUACCACUACUACUAAGAAUGAUGGAUUUGUCUGUGUAAAACAUUUGAGAACCUCAAAUCUUUCCUUAGGAACAAACCACUGGAAUAUGGUACGAUGGCAAGUUCAAACGUUAUUGGCACACACUACCAAUAGAGACUGAUUUGUAUUAAAGCAUACAUGUUUUUAUUUUGAGGAGUUUUGUUUUUACUGUGAAGUGAAGAAUCUAGAUUAGUGCAAUGUUUUUUUUGAAUUGAACACCGGUCACAAUCACUAUGGCAGUAUUAGAAGCUGAGGAGGGACAGCUUGUAGGAGAUACUUUGGUGUAAAACAUGUACUCCGUGUGUCGCAGGUAUUACAACAGGACACUCCGCAUUUUGUGAUUAAUAAUAAUUCCAUUGAUACUUGAUUUCGUAGAGGAUUUAUAUGUUAAUUGUGUUUUUGUUUAUGAGCUUGAUUGACUCUGAUCCUACUUCAGAUUCUACAGUAGUGAAUGAUGAUCUCGCUGACUGUAGAACAUGUAGAAUGAACCAGUAUACUUUCCUGUCCUGAGAUUGGUCUGAAGAUUGGUGUGCGCUUGAAAUUGAGUUGUAUGUUGUUUGUACAUAGCCUAAAUAUAACUAGUAUGCUGUGAGAAAGAGCAAAUCAUUUUGUUAAAAUAAAUAGAAAAUCCAAGACAAUAUAUUCGAUAAAAACAAUUUCAGCAUAUUUAAAGUACUGUGAUCAUAUGGACACGUUUGUUGUAUUUGAUAACUAACCUUUUCUAAAAACGAAGCACACUCAAUAUCUAUCCUGAAUUUAAUAGGUCUACUAUAUAGCAUAUGACUGUUAAAGGUUAUAACAGGUAGAUCCCAUUAGCAAGUGAGUACGGAAUGACUUCUAUCCAAUAGCUCAGCUACAACAUACGACUGUUAAAUGUUACAACAGGUAGAUCCCAUUAGCAAGUGAGAACGGAAGGACUUCUAUCCAAUAGCUCAGCUACAACAUACGACUGUUAAAUAUUACAACAGGUAGAUCCCAUUAGCAAGUGAGUACAGAAGGACUCCUAUCAAAUAGCUCGGCUACAACAUACGAAUGUUAAAUGUAACAACAGGUAGAUCCCAUUAGCAAGUGAGUACAGAAGGACUCCUAUGAAAUAGCUCGGCUACAACAUACGAAUGUUAAAUGUAACAACAGGUAGAUCCCAUUAGCAAGUGAGUACGGAAGGACUCCUAUCAAAUAGCUCGGCUACAACAUACGAAUCUUAAAUGUAACAACAGGUAGAUCCCAUUAGCAAGUGAGUACGGAAGGACUCCUAUCAAAUAGCUCGGCUACAACAUAUGACUGUUACAUGUUACAACAGGUAGAUCCUAUUAGCAAGUGAGUACGGAAGGACUUCUAUCCAAUAGCUCGGUUACAACAUAUGACUGUUAAAUGUUACAACAGGUAGAUCCUAUUAGCAAGUGAGUACGGAAGGACUCCUAUCAAAUAGCUCAGCUACAACAUACGACUGUUACAUGUUACAACAGGUAGAUCCCAUUAGCAAGUGAGUACGGAAGGACUACUAUCAAAUAGCUCGGCUACAACAUAUGACUGUUAAAUGUUACAACAGGUAGAUCCUAUUAGCAAGUGAGUACGGAAGGACUCCUAUCAAAUAGCUCAGCUACAACAUACGACUGUUAAAUGUAACAACAGGUAGAUCCCAUUAGCAAGUGAUCACGGUAUUGAUUUUACGAUCAUCAAUUCGGUUAAAAGUUAAUUUUUUCUACUGAUAUGGAACUUAAGGAUUUUAGUCCACUUGAACUGAUUAUUUAUUUAAAAAUUUGAGUAAAGAGAUGUAAUUUCUAAAUAAAUAUUAAAAAUAAUUUGUCAAUACCAUUGUAAGCAAGUAAGAUUUCGCCUGACUAUGUUGACUUUUCAAGUUGAUAUUAUUAUGGGUAGGGAAAACAUGUAAAAUUUCUGUAAAAAUCAUGCUGGCUUAGGCUGCUUCUUAUUUUAUUCUAAUUUUUUUUUUGCGAAAAUUCAAUCAAGAAUUAUUUUAGUACGUCUUGUGAUCCACUUAGUAAUUAUUUCAUUUCACUUGAAUUAUAACUAAUUGCUUUGGAAAAAAAUAUGCAAUAGGCUUAUAAUACAGAUAUAUAACAUAAUUUCUAAAUUGAUCCUCUGAAUCAAACAAGGUUGAGAAGUGUGUAUAUCAGAUGUUAACUGUUUUAUAUACUAACUAUAUAUGUUGGUUUAUAUGCCACUUCAUGUUGUAUCCACUAUCUGUUGUUCAUAGAAAGAAUUUUAGAUAAAACUUUGAACAACGUUUUUGUUUUCAGGGAUCCCAGUUUACACAUUACAUCAGACGAAACUAUUGGGCAGUUUGUGUAACACAGCUUUGAGAACAAUAUUAAAAGAAAAUGUGGUA